AUGAAGCCAAUUAUUUGUGUUCUAUUUAUUAGUGUAAUGUGUUUGGGGAUUUGCAAUGCAGAUAAUAAAAAGCUGAAGAUGAAUUAUUAUCACAAAAGUUGCCCUUCAGUUGAAAAGAUUGUUAAGGAAAUAACAUGGAGCAAAGUUGCUGCUGAUCCAACCUUGGCUGCAAAGCUACUUCGACUUCACUAUCAUGACUGUUUUGUUAGGGGAUGUGAUGCAUCAAUUCUACUAGACGCGACUCCAACUAAUAGUGGAGAAAAAACAGCAAUACCAAAUAAAUCUGUAGGAGGUUACGAGGUUAUCGAUGAUAUAAAGAAGAAAGUAGAACAAGUUUACCCAAAUCAAGUUUCUUGUGCUGAUAUUCUAACAUUGGCAGCUCGAGAUGUUGUUUCAUACCAAUUUGGGAGAUCAAUGUGGCAAGUUCCAACAGGGAGGAAAGAUGGAAGGGUAUCGAUUGCAUCGGAAGCAUUAGACAGUUUGCCUUCUGCUUCUGCAAACUUUUCCACUCUUUUGGGACAAUUUCAAGACAACAACUUGGACAUUGUUGAUUUGAUCACUUUGUCAGGGGCACAUACAAUAGGAGUAACACAUUGCACAUUGGUUGCUAGAAGACUUUAUAAUUUCACAGGAAAGGGUGAUGUUGAUCCUUCAUUGAAUCCCAAGUAUGCUACAACUUUGAGGAAAUUAUGUCCUAACCCUAUUAAUAGAGCAACUAUUCUAGAAAUGGAUCCCAAAAGUUCUCUCUCUUUUGAUAGCCAUUAUUUUGAGGCUCUGAAUCAACAUAUGGGCUUACUUGGAUCAGAUGCUGCGUUAAUGACCAACUCCCUUUCUGCUCUGAUUGUAAGAAAGAUGCAAAAUCCACAUGUUUUCUUAGCAUUUUUUGGUCGUUCAAUGAAGAAAAUGGGAGAAAUUAGAGUCCUCGCGGGUGGUGAAGGAGAAAUAAGGAAGAACUGUAGAGUCGUAAAUGCCUAA